AUGCCUGACGUGGAACAACUGCAUCUGGAGGAUGCACUGGAAGAUAGCCCUCAGACUCGCCAUCUUCUUUCGGUGUUUGAAAAAGACACAAUGCUGCUAAAGAAGUUCACUCAGAACAUGCAUAACUGUUGUCAGAGAAUAAUGUCAGCUCAGAAUGAGCUUUGCGCAGCCACCCAAGCUUUGGCACAUCAUUUGAGAGCUUAUGAAGCUCAGAAAUUUCCCUUGGAGCCUGAAGACAGUGUACUAUCAUCAACACUGAAACAGUUUUCCACCCACUUGGAUGAUAUCAGUUCCAUCCAGCAAGUUUUAGCGCAGCAGUUCUCAGAAACAAUGAUGUAUCCGCUGAGCAAGUUCCUGCAAGCUGAUCUUGAAGAAAUCAGCACAAUGUAUGAGAUGUUCCAGCAAGCUACACAUGAUCAUGAGCAGAGUCUCGCCAAAUACAUGAAGCAUCCCAUGAAGAAAGAUGACAGGUCCAGGGUUGAAGUAAAUGAGGAACUCUAUGCAAACAGAAAAAAGUUUCAUCAGACAGCGCUCCACUAUUAUUCAUCGCUAAAUGCCCUUCAGUACAAACGUAAAUGCUUCCUGCUUGAGCCAAUAAUGGGGUAUCUGCAUGCUCAGCGAGCUUGCUUUCAGAUGGGGCAAGACAUCGUACUGAGACCAGAACUGGAAGACUUUCUGGGAAACAUUGGCAGCAGUGUACAGUCUGUGCAUGCAGAUUUGACGAAAGAGACUCUAAAAACUGUGGAACUAAUAGAUUCUAUUGAAAAGCAAAGUCAGCACAUGUAUAAUGCAGAGCCACCGAUCGAUAUGCCUUUCAUUCCGCCCAAUACUAAUUUAACACAGAAGGCUGGCUAUCUGUAUUGUCGUGGAAAGCAGGUUCUCCUGUCUACCAAAUGGGACCGCUUGUAUUUCUUUACUCAGGGAGGUAACCUUAUGAGUCAAACUAAAGAGGAGUUUGCUGGUAGCUUGGUGAUGGAUUUGAAUGAAGAAGGUGUGGUUGUGGAGUCUUGUGUAGCUGAUGACCGGAGACACACAUUCCAGGUAGUCUCCCCUCAGACAAAGAA